GAGGCGUGUAGUGUAGCGUUGGAGGGCCGCCAGGGCCAUCGAGCGCGUUCGUCUUGCUUGCUUUUUCCGUGAAUUUGGUGAAAAGGACUCGCCACCUGCGUGAUUCGCCCUUGGAUUACUGUGAUUCGCACCCCCAGAAGCAAGAUGUGGCUUCGCGGUUUAGCCGCGUUAGCAAUAUUGCUGUUUCUACAGCAGACAGCUGAAUCUCAGGAAACUUCUAGUUUAUUCACAUGUCCCAAUGGAUGGGAGAUGAGAGGACUGCACUGUUACAAAUUUUUCAGUAUAAGACAUUCAUGGCAAAAAGCUGUAGAAAUCUGCAGAAGGUAUGGCAGUCACUUGGUGCUGGUCGAGUCUUACGACGAAAACAACGCCACAGCCAGCCUGGCGGCCAGAAGUCUUGGUUCACCAUCAGGAGGCUCCAACCCCAAAUACUGGCUGGGGUUGACCUCUCUCGAUGAUCUCAGGACCAACACUUUGGAAGCGGCCGCCGGUCUCCUCGUUUCCCAGUACUCAGGUUUCUGGGAGCAGCAGCAGCCUGACCCCAAGUCUGGCGUUUGCGUCGACGUGGCCCUUACUGACGACGCCCAAUCAUGGGAGCUGACCACGUGCGAAAGUCUGUUGCCCUUCAUGUGCCGCGCCAACGCCUGUCCUGCAGGUUCAUUCCACUGUUCGAAUGGCAAGUGCAUAAAUUCCGCCUUCAAGUGCGACAAAACCGACGACUGCGGCGACGGCUCCGACGAGCUGGACUGUCCCAAUUUGUGCCGUUUCUACUCAGCCAGCGGCGGCGAUGUUUUGGAGAGCCCUGGCUACCCGCACAAGUACUCGUCCCUGGCCGACUGCAAAUGGACCCUGGAAGGUCCCAGCGGUCACAACAUCCUGCUGCAGUUCCAGGACUUUGAAACCGAGCGUGGAUUUGACACGGUGACCGUUUUGGCCGGUGGCCGCACUGAACGUGAGGCCGCUCCUUUGGCCACUCUGUCUGGAAAGCAGGACCUCAGCACGCGGCUGUUCGUCUCUGCCUCGAACUUCAUGGUCGUCAAAUUCAGUUCAGACGCUUCGGUGGAGAGGAAGGGCUUCAGGGCUUCGUGGAAGACGGAGCCUCAGUCUUGCCUGGGCAACCUCAAGGCUACUGGACAGAUGCAGGAACUUUCAUCCCCUGGAUACCCUGCCAACUACCCUGGUGGACUCGAGUGUCUUUACAUUAUUACUGCUCAACCCGGAAAGAUCAUUUCACUUGAUUUUGAGGACUUGGAUUUGGAAAAGGGUCGCGAUUCAAUCAUCAUCCGUGACGGCUCCUCACCAAGGGAUCUUGCCUUGGCUGACAUUUCUGGCUCUUUGGAUGAAAACCCUCGCCUGGUCAUGUCCACUGGAAACCAACUCUAUGUCUACUUCAAGUCCGUUCUUGGAGACUCGAAGAGAGGUUUCAAAAUCAAAUACUCUGAAGGUUGUCGCUCGACCCUUUUCGCCGCUAAUGGAACCAUCACCUCGCCUGCUUUCGGCCUCUCCAACUACCCCAACAACCAGGAGUGUUUGUACACAAUCAGAAGACCUGGAGGCGGCCCAAUGUCCCUUAAGUUCGACGAUUUUGAGGUCCACCAGAGCGACUUUGUUCAGAUCUACGAUGGCGCCUCCACCAGCGGACUCAGGCUGCACCCUGGCGAGGGCUUCACGGCCUCCAGCAGGCCCCGCAUCACUCUGACCGCCAAUUCUGGAGCAAUGCUGGUGCGAUUCAUAAGCGACCCUCUGCACACCGCCGGCGGCUGGAAGGCAACUUUCUCUGCCGACUGCCCAGUUUUGCAGCCCGGCGAGGGCGCUCAGGCGUCCAGCAGGGACACUGCUUUUGGAACUGUGGUAACUUUCACCUGCCCCAGAGGACAGGAGUUUGCCACUGGAAAGCAGAAGCUCGUCACCGAGUGCAUGCCUGGAGGAGAAUGGUCCAUUGCUUAUAUCCCCAAAUGCCAAGAGGUUUACUGUGGACCUGUGCCACAAAUUGACAACGGAUUCUCGAUUGGCUCGACCAAUGUGACCUACCGAGGACAAGCGACCUAUCAGUGUUAUGCCGGUUUUGCCUUCCCAACUGGUGAGCCUGUCGAGAUGGUCUCUUGCGCCGCCGACGGCCACUGGGAAAAGUUGCCCACCUGCUUGGCCUCCCAGUGCGCUCCUCUUCCUGACAUUGUAAAUGGAAACGCCACCAUCAUGAACGGAGGCGGACGCACCUACGGAACCAUUAUCAGGUUCGAGUGUGAUCCUGGCUACGUCCGAAAUGGAGCUCCAGUCAUUCUUUGCUCAAGCAAUGGAACUUGGUCCGGAGAUGUCCCCACUUGCUCUCGCCUGCACUGCUAUGAUUUGCCAAAGAUUAAGAAUGGAUUUGUCACUGACGUUUCUCGCAAGUACCUGUAUGGAGAUGAGGCCAGAAUUCAAUGUCACAGAGGCUUCAGGCUUAUUGGCUCCAACAUUGUGCGCUGCGGUGAAGACGAGCAGUUUGAAGACUUGCCAACGUGUGAAGAUGUGAACGAGUGCGCCAGCUCUGGCUGCGAUUUGGCCUCGACCGAGUGCGUUAACACUCCCGGCGCCUUCCACUGCAAGUGCAGGCGUGGCUUUGCUCCCAGUCUUGAGUGCAGACCUGUUAGUGACCUCGGCCUGAGCGCAGGAGGCAUCCCUGACGAGUCCAUCACCGUGUCGAGCGCCGAGCGUGGUUUUGAAAAGGAAAACGUGCGUCUCAACAGCGCCACUGGCUGGUGCGGUGCCAACCCUGAACAGGGCACAAACUGGAUCAUGGUUGACAUGAAGGCGCCUACUGUACUCAGGGGCUUCAGGACGCACAGUGUGCCUCGUCAAGACGGCAACCUUGCCUUCACCUCUGCUGUCAGAAUUCAAUACACAAACAAUCUGACUGAUGUUUUCCGCGAUUAUACCAACCCUGAUGGAACUCCAGUCGAAUUCAGAAUUCUCGAACCCACCCUGAGCGUUCUCAAUCUUCCUCUGCCCAUCGAAGCCCAAUAUAUCAGGUUCAAGAUUCAAGACUUUAAGAAUGCACCUUGCAUGAAAUUGGAACUGAUGGGAUGCACCAGGUUGGAGUGUGGUGAUAUCAAUGAGUGCGCCGUCAACAACGGUGGCUGCGACCAGAAAUGCAUCAACAGCCCUGGAAACUUUUCCUGCGUGUGCAACAAUGGAUUUGAGCUAUUCCGCGCCAAUGGAACCGCAGGCUUCAACGUGGCCAGUGGCGAAUCUGGAGAGCGCGACGGAGACGUCUACCAGCGCAACAAGACCUGCGUGCCCGUCAUGUGCCCCCAACUGAAAACCCCUGAAAAUGGCCUUCUUCUCUCCACCAAGGAGCAAUACCACUUUGGAGACCUGGUCGGCUUCCAGUGCAACUUUGGCUAUGUCCUUGUCGGCGCCACCAACCUGCUCUGUACCUCUGGAGGCGUUUGGAAUGGAACCGAGCCAGAGUGCCAAUACGCCCAGUGCGUGUCUCUUCCGGAUGACAAGUCUGAGGGACUCUCAAUUAUACGGCCUGACCCUGAUAACGUUUUGGUGCCCUUCCGUGAGAACGUGACCAUCAGUUGUGGAGUGAAUGGACGCCUGCUGCGCAAAACAUACUCUUCCAACUUCAGACAAUGUGUCUAUGACCCUAAACCUGGUUUCCCUGAUUACUGGCUCUCUGGCUACGCACCAUCCUGCCCAAGAGUGGACUGUGGUGCUCCACCACCAACUCCUGGCGCCGAGUACGGCAAAUAUGUGGACACCAAAUACCAAUCAUCCUUCUUCUUCGGCUGCCAAGACACUUUCAAGUUGGCCGGUCAGACCAGCAACAAUGACAAUGUGGUCAGGUGCCAGGCCAAUGGUGUCUGGGACUUUGGUGACCUCCGCUGCGAGGGACCUGUUUGCGAAGACCCUGGCAGACCUUUUGACGGAUAUCAGAUUGCUAGGAGCUACGAACAGAGCUCCGAAGUUGAAUUCUCUUGCAACCGCCCCGGCUACAUUCUCAUCAACCCAAGGCCCAUCACUUGCGUGCGCGAACCUGAGUGCAGAGUCGUCAAACCUCUUGGUCUCUCUUCAGGUCGCAUCCCUGACUCCGCUAUCAACGCCACUUCCGAAAGGCCUAAUUACGAAGCAAAGAACGUCCGUCUGAACUCUGUGACUGGUUGGUGCGGCAAGCAAGAGGCCUUCACCUAUGUCAGUGUUGACAUGGGCCAGGUCUUCAGGGUCAAGGCUAUCCUGGUUAAGGGUGUGGUCACCAACGACAUUGUGGGCAGGCCGACCGAGAUCAGGUUCUUCUACAAACAGGCUGAAAACGAAAACUACGUUGUCUAUUUCCCUAACUUCAACCUGACCAUGCGUGACCCUGGUAACUACGGAGAACUGGCCAUGAUCACUCUGCCCAAGUACGUUCAAGCUAGAUUCGUCAUCCUCGGCAUUGUUAGCUACAUGGACAACGCCUGCUUGAAGUUUGAACUCAUGGGCUGUGAAGAGCCAGUUGCAGAGCCUCUGCUCGGCUAUGACUACGGAUUCUCUCCUUGCGUUGACAACGAGCCCCCAGUGUUCCAAAACUGCCCUCAGCAACCGAUUGUGGUUCAGAAGGGAGCCAGUGGCCUCCUUCCUGUGAACUUUACUGAGCCCACCGCUGUUGACAACAGUGGCAGCAUUGCCCGUCUGGAGGUCAAGCCUGUUGGUUUCCACACUCCUGUGACCAUUUUCCAGGACAUGGUUGUGAAAUAUGUUGCCUUUGAUUAUGACGGAAACGUUGCCAUUUGCGAAAUUAACAUCACUGUUCCUGAUGACACACCACCGUCACUGAGCUGUCCUCAGAGCUAUGUGAUUGAGUUGGUCGACCAGCAGGACAGCUAUGUGGUCAACUUCAAUGACACAAGGCGCCGCGUCAACGUUUCCGACGCCUCAGGCGACGUGACCCUCACCUUUGUACCUGAAAAGGCCACCAUUCCCAUCGGCGGAUUCGAAAACGUCACCGUGGUUGCCGCCGACAAGUUUGGAAAUCAAGCGUCUUGCCACUUCCAAGUAGCAGUGCAGGCGACACCAUGCGUUGAUUGGGAACUGAAGGCGCCUGCCAACGGCGCUCUCAACUGCCUUCCUGGUGACAAAAGUGGCCUUCAAUGCAUUGCCACUUGCAACCCUGGAUUCAGAUUCACGGACAACAGCCCAUCGAAGACAUUCAGCUGCGAAGAAAAGAAAAAGUGGACGCCAACUGCUGUUGUGCCUGACUGCGUUUCUGAAGACACCCAGCAGGCCGACUAUCUAGUGGUUCCAGUUGUCACAUACAGAGCCAAUGGAGCUGUCGCUCCUCUCUGCCUGCCGCAAUACGAGAGCUUUAUGGAGCAAUAUUACACCGGACUCAAUUCCAUUCUGACCCAGCGCUGCUCCAACGUCAAUCUCAACAUGAACGUCAGUUUUGUUAAGACAAGGUCUACGAUGAUUGCAGAAAACCUUGUGAAUAUGAACUUCAUCAUUGAGGUCGUUCCUGUGAUCAGACAGACCCAGCUCUACGAGCUUUGUGGCUCCACCCUGAACUUGAUCUUUGACCUGAAUGUGCCUUACGCCAGUGCUGUGAUUGAGCCUUUGCUCAACGUCACUGCCAUUGGAAACCAGUGUCCUCCUCUGAAGGCCCUCAACUCUUCCACUACGAGAGGGUUUGAGUGCGGAGUUGGAGAGGUGCUCAAUAGCAAUACCAAUGAUAUUCCCAGAUGCUUGCACUGCCCUGCUGGAACCUAUGCUGGUGAAAAGCAGAAGACUUGCACGCCGUGUCCUCUCGGCUUCUACCAGUCCAAGGACCGUCAGGGUGAAUGCGAGCGCUGCCCCACCGGCACCUACACCAGGGAGGAGGGCUCGAAGAGCUCGGCCGCUUGCGUGCCAGUCUGCGGCUUCGGCACUUACUCGCCCACCGGUCUUGUGCCCUGUCUGGAGUGCUCGAGGAACUCAUACACCAGCGAGCCACCCACCGGUGGCUUCAAGGAGUGCCAGGCCUGCCCGACCAACACCUUCACCUUCCAACCAGCCGCCCCUGGCCCUGAAUUCUGCCGCGCCAAGUGCGCCCCUGGAACUUAUUCGGACACUGGUUUGGCGCCGUGCGCCCCUUGCCCUCAAAACUUCUACCAGCCCCUCACGGGACAGGUCAGUUGCCUCGAGUGUCCUACGGACAUGCAGACCAAGAGCACCGGCGCCGCUGGCAGGGAGGAGUGCGCCCUCACGACCUGCGCGGACAACGCCUGCCAACACGGCGGCCUCUGCGUCCCCAUGGGCCACGACAUUCAGUGCUUCUGCCCUGCUGGCUUCUCUGGCCGGCGCUGCGAAAUUGAUAUUGACGAGUGCGCCUCCCAGCCUUGCUACAACGGCGGAACUUGCUUGGACCUGCCUCAGGGCUACAGGUGCCAGUGUCCUCAGGGAUACUCUGGCCUCAACUGCCAGGACGAACAGUCCGACUGCCGCAACGACACCUGCGCUGAACGCGCAAUGUGCAAGGAUGAGCCUGGAAUCAACAACUACACUUGCCUCUGCAGAUCUGGAUACACUGGGGUUGACUGUGACAUCACUAUUGACCCUUGCACCAACAACCCAUGCGCUAAUGACGGCUCAUGUGUGGCUCUGAAACAAGGCAGGUUCAGGUGCGAGUGCCCUCCAGGAUGGGAAGGCCAACGUUGUCAAAACAAUAUAGAUGACUGUGCUGAACGCCCUUGUCUUUUGGGCGCCAAGUGUACCGACCUGAUCAACGACUUCAGCUGCGACUGCCCGCCUGGCUUCAGCGGCAAGCGUUGUCAGGAAAAGGUCGACCUCUGCGGCGACAGCCCCUGCCAGAACGGCAUCUGUGUGGACAGGUUGUUCUCACACCAGUGCGUGUGCCACCCUGGCUGGACCGGCGCCUCUUGUGAGGUCAACAUCGACGAGUGUGCCAACAACCCAUGUAAAAAUGGAGGCCAUUGCGAAGAUGGAAUCAAUGACUACACCUGUACUUGCGAACCUGGUUUCACUGGAAGAAAGUGCCAGCAUGAGGUUGACCACUGCAAGGUGGCGCCUUGCCAGAAUGGAGGAUCGUGCGAGAACAACCGCGACAGCUUCACUUGCAGAUGCAGACCUGGUUUUGCCGGAAUUAACUGUGAGCUUGAGAUUGAUGAAUGUCUCAGCGACCCUUGCAAUCCUGAAGGAACUGACGUUUGCGUUGAUGGGGACAACAAAUUCACUUGCAAGUGCAGAGAGGGGUACAGUGGCGCAUUCUGCCAGAUCAAUGAUGAUGACUGCUCAAGCCAGCCUUGUCUGAACGGCGGAAAGUGCAGGGAUGACGUUGGCAAAUUUGAGUGCACUUGUCCUCCUGGCUGGACUGGCCAGAGGUGCGAGAAGGACGUCGGCUUCUGCUCGCAAAGGCCUUGCCAGAACGACGCCGAGUGCAUUGACCUCUUCCAGGACUACUUCUGCGUCUGCCCCUCUGGUACUGACGGAAAGCACUGCGAAACCGCUCCUGAGCGCUGCAUUGGAAACCCUUGCAUGCACGGAGGAAAGUGCCAGGACUUUGGCUCUGGACUCAACUGCACUUGCCCCACAGACUUUACCGGAGUUGGCUGCCAGUAUGAGUUUGACGCUUGCGCCGCAGGUGUUUGUGAGAAUGGAGCAACUUGCACAGACAAUGGUCCUGGUUAUGAGUGCGCUUGUGCUCCGGGAUUCACUGGAAAGCACUGCGAACAAGACAUUCAGGACUGCCAGGAGAACUCAUGCCCACCUUCGGCCACCUGCAUCGACCUUCCUGGAAGGUUCUACUGCCAAUGUCCAUUCAACCUCACUGGAGAUGACUGCAGAAAGACUGUACAAGUGGACUAUGACAUGUACUUCCCCGAGCCUGAGAGGAGCAGCGCCACUUUGGUGGUGCCCUUCAGGACAGGUCCAUCUCAGAGCAUGACCGUGGCCAUGUGGGUCAAGUACGCCCAGCGCGACGAGAGCGGCGUCUUCUUCACCAUGUAUGGCGUGACCUCUCCGCACGUGCCCUCAAACAGGAGGGUCAUGCUCCAGGCGCACAGCAACGGCGUCCAAGUGUCUUUGUUCAAGGAGCUGCCGGACGUGUUCCUCAGCUUCAGGGAAUACGCGACGGUCAAUGACGGACAGUGGCAUCACAUCGCUGUCGUUUGGGAUGGCUCGGUUGGCACUUUGACCCUGAUCACCGAAGGUCUCAUCGCCAGCAAGGUUGAAAAUUAUGGCGCUGGAAGACAGCUCAGCGAAUAUGCUUGGGUGUCCCUUGGAAAGCCAAGAGGCGAUGCUAAAUCCUACUCUGACACCGGUUUCCACGGCCACCUGACCCGCGUACAGGUCUGGGGACGCGCCCUUGACGUGACCUCUGAACUGCAGAAACAGGUCCGAGAUUGCCGCCUUGAGCCUGUUCUGCACCGUGGUCUUGUUCUCACUUGGUCUGGUUUCGAGGACACUGAGGGAGGCGUCGAACGUAUUGUUCCAUCCAAGUGCGGAGAACGCGUCUGCCCACCUGGCUACUCAGGUCCUCGCUGUGAACAACUCCAGCAGGACAAGGUUGCUCCUAAGAUUGACUACUGCCCUGGGGAUGUUUGGGUUGUUGCUCGAAAUGGAUCUGCCACAGUUUCGUGGGACGAGCCUGCCUUCUCUGACAACGUCGGCGUCGUCCGUGUCUCUGAGCAGAGUGGACACCGUCCAGGUCUCACUCUCAUGUGGGGAACCUAUAACAUCGCCUACGCCGCCUAUGACGCUGCAGGAAACGCCGCCACUUGCUCAUUCAAGGUCUACGUCCUUUCUGAAUUUUGUCCCGAGUUGGCUGAUCCGGUUGGAGGUACCCAGGCUUGCCGUGAUUGGGGCUCAGGAGGUCAGUUCAAGGUGUGCGAAAUUUCUUGCAACUCUGGAAGCAGAUUCUCCGAGCCGGUGCCCAAAUUCUACACUUGCGGUGCUGAAGGUUUCUGGAGACCAACGCCCAAGCCCGGACACCAGCUCGUCUACCCCGCCUGUUCUCCUGCAAGACCUGCCCAGAGAGUAUUCAAGGUUGGAAUGCAGUUCCCCAGCUCGGUCUUGUGUAACGAGGCCGGACAGGGAGUGCUCAGACAGAAGGUCAAGAAUGCCAUCAACACUUUGAAUAGGAAGUGGAACUUGUGCUCUUUCAAUGUUGAAGGAACUCGAGAGUGCAAGGACCUGAACAUCAACGUCAAGUGUGACCACAGAGUGAGGCAAACAAGACAGGCGCCCAACAAUGAGCACGGAGGAACUUACGUCCUUGAGUUGAGCCUUCCAGUUGAAAGGAAAACGCGUCAAGUGAGACAGGCAGCCAGUGAUACAUAUCACAUUGAUAUUUCAUUCCCAGCCGCAAACGAUCCUGUUGUCAACAUUGACAACCAGGAGAGAGCUACCAUCGCUCGUCUUCUGCAAAAGCUUAUUCUGGAGGAUGAUCAGUUUGACGUGAGGGAAAUUCUGCCCAACACCCUGCCUGACCCUGCUUCACUUAACUUGGAAUCUGACUAUGCCUGCCCUGUUGGACAAGUUGUAGUCGCCCCUGAUUGUGUCCCUUGCGCCGUCGGCUCGUACUAUGACCGCGAAACCAAGGAGUGCAUACCUUGCCCGACCGGCUCCUACCAGAGCGAGUCUGGCCAGUUGCAGUGCAUCCAGUGCCCUACAAUCGCCGGACGCCCCGGUGUAACCUCAGGGCCAGGCGCCAGGUCAGCAGCCGACUGCAAGGAACGCUGCCCUGCUGGCAAGUUCUAUGACCCUGAAGCCGGACUGUGCCGCUCUUGCGGUCACGGAUUCUACCAACCUGAGGAGGGCAGCUUUGCUUGCCAACUCUGCGGACUUGGAAAGACCACCCGAAGCGCAGAAGCUGUUUCAGAAUCGGAAUGUCGCGAUGAAUGCUCGUCUGGCCUGCAACUGGGACCUGAAGGUCGCUGCGAGCCCUGCCCGCGAGGCACCUACAGGUCUCAGGGCAGACACGCCGCCUGCCUGCCUUGUCCUCCAGGCCGCACAACCCCCAAGGUUGGCGCCGCCGCCGUCGAAGAGUGCUCCCUGCCCGUCUGUCUGCCAGGCACCUACCUGAACGGCACCCUGAACACAUGCGUUGACUGCAAGAAGGGCACCUUCCAACCAGACUCUCAGCAGACCUCUUGCGUCGCCUGCCCGCCAAACACCAGCACCCAGGGCACCGGGUCGACCAAGGAAGAGGAGUGCGUCAACCCUUGCGAGAUGAGCGGCGCCAACAUGAACUGCGACGCCAACGCAUACUGCCUGCUCAACCCUGAGACCAGCGAGUUCAAGUGCGAGUGCAAGCCUGGCUUCAACGGAACUGGAACUGUUUGUACUGACCUUUGUGCCGGUUAUUGCGAGAAUGAGGGUGUCUGCGUGAGAGACGCCAGAGGCCAGCCCUCGUGCAGGUGCAUCGGCAGCUUUACCGGCCGCCACUGCGCCACCAAAUCCGACUUCGCCUACAUUGCUGGUGGAAUCGCCGGCACGGUCAUCUUCAUCAUCAUCAUUGUGCUGCUUGUCUGGAUGAUCUGCGUGCGCUCGACGCACCGCAAAGAGCCUAAGAAAAUGAUGGUGCCUCCGAUGGCUGGUGCUGACCCUGCAGGGUCGCAGGUCAACUUCUACUAUGGCGCUCCCGCGCCCUAUGCCGAGUCGAUCGCGCCCUCACACCACUCGACCUACGCUCACUACUAUGAUGACGAGGAAGAUGGUUGGGAGAUGCCCAACUUUUACAACGAGACCUACAUGAAAGAGAGCCUCCAUGCUAGCGGAAAGGGAGGAAUGACGGGAGUUAGCAACAUGAACAGUCUGGCAAGGUCUAAUGCCAGUCUGUACGGCACCAAGGAUGAUCUGUAUGACCGUCUGAAACGCCAUGCCUACCCUACCAAGAAAGGUAAAAACAAGAGCGACAGUGACUCCGAGGGCCAGUGAAGAAACCGAACUGAAAAAUGCUCAAACCGAGCUACACCUUGAGCGUGGCUCACAUCACACUUUCUCCUUGAAACCGAUGCCGGAAAUCCAUAUUUUAUCAAUUAACUAAUUGUCAUCAAUAAGUUCAAUCGCCAAAAUUUACUAUUCAGAAUAAGUGGGUAAUCAGCUAGACACGGGCUAGGGUGGACGGUCGGGAUUUUUGAUCAUCCUGUAGACGUUAGAGUACCACAUUACAGCCAUGUGAUAGUCAACUCGCCCGCACACCCUAACCGAAAGCCUUGGUUUCAUGGAGACACAUACCCUGGCAUAUGUGUGUGUUUAUUUAUAUAUGCAUUAAUGCUGAAUCAAUUCAGGAGCUAAGAUUCGGACUAAUUAGUCCGAGUUUUAUCAAUUGACAAGAAGUGCCUUCAUUUAGUUAUGACAUAUAGAUUGUAGGGGAACGAGACGAGUAAUUUAUAAAUCUGGCACUCAAAAGAGAUUUUAUAAAUAACAAUAAAAUAAUAACCAGCAGCCUGAUGUGCUCUAUCUGGAAGGCGCCAGAAUAUUAUUUUCGUAUGUAGGUUUAUAACAACGAAAUAUACAUGCUGUCAGACAAUAUUUAAAUCGAAAAAAUCAAUCAACAAGAUAACGUUUGUAGUAUCGUAAUAAGCAACCAAAAUCUGAUUAAUUGUAACUGUGGGUGAGUGAACGAUCAAAGUGAAUGUACAUGAAUUUUUUUAUAAAAAUGAACUGCGUGAUUGUGCAUGCUGCCGAGAAUGACAUUUUGUGUGCAAAACAAUUUUUACUGCAUCAAUAAAGGACAACCUCAAAUA